AUGAACGCCUGGCUCCACGAUACGCCGCCCGCCAUUCCAUCGCCCCUUGACCCCGGCGCAGGCAACCCCAACGUCAAUGGCCAUGGAAACGGGACCGCGUUCGCCAACCCUCCUCCCCAUCCUCCUCCACCCGCGCCGGCCACCAUAGAUCCCGCCAUGGCCUUUCUGCAGCCUCAAUCGCAACAGCAGCAACAGCAGCCGCCUCAGUCACAGCCGCAGUCUCAGUCUCCCGUCCCAUCGGACACUCCCCAGUUUACGCGCAUGUUCAAUGGCGCAACGCCAUCUCCGGCAUCGCGCAUGUCCCCUGGAUUCCACCCGCCAAACUCCGUCGUCCCGUCUAAACGGCCGCGGCCAGAUGACGGCUUUCUCGUCUCGUCCCCUCGUCAGGUACAGGGCGGGAUUCCUCCAGCUGCCGUCUCGCGCUCCCAGACGCCCCAACAUGGCGCCUAUCCAGGCUAUCAACAACCACAACAACAACAACAGCAGCAGCAACAACAACAACAGCAAACUCCUGUAGCUGGCGGAGCGGCUGUUGUUAAUACUAAUGGGGCUUCUCACUUCCCUCCUGCGCCUGGUGCUGCUCCUGGUGGCCCUGCUGCCGCCUUUCACCCAGGUUUUCAGCAGCCGGCGUCUUCGACGGCUAGUCCGUCCCCAGUACCGCAGGAGUUUGAUGCGCAGAGAGUACAAACUAGCUCUCCUUCCCCUUUCCCUAAUGCUGCCGUUCAGCCCGGCCAGCCGUCGUCAGACCACGGGAGCCGUGUUGCCACCCCUCAAGCUCCUACUUCUUACCCUCCAGGCCCGCCAUAUCCAGGCCAGGUCCAGCAGAACCCAAACCAGAACCCAACCAUGAUGCCUGGCUAUGCCACGCAUGCCCAACAGAUGGCUGCGCGUCAGCAGAUGUAUCAGAUGCACAUGGCUAAUCAAGUGCGCCAGCAGCAGCAGCAGCAAGUACAGCAGCAACAACAACAGCAGCAGGUACCUCCACCGAUGCCAGGUCAACCAAUGUCAAGCCAACAGCAGAGCCAGAUGGCCGCUAUGCGCCACAUACAACAGCAGCAGGCAGCACAACAGGCACAACAACAUGCCGCACAGCAGCAGGCCGUCCAGGCAGCUCAACAACAGGCCCAGGUUGUAGCUCAGCAACAGGCUCAGGCUCAGGCUCAAGCGCAGGCCAUGGCCAAACCUACAACACCAGAAGGAUUCCUUCGCGUGCUACAGAAGUUCAUGAUUCCGCGACGACUACCACUAGACCCUUCUCCUCUCGUGUGCGGACGGCCCAUUGUGCUUAUGCAGCUCUACGCGACUGUCAUGAAAUUAGGUGGUUCCCAAAAGGUUACCAACACCAACUCCUGGCCGAUCGUCGCUCAACAGCUGCAUUUUCCCGCUAUGCAGUACCCCACAGCUGCACGAGAGAUACGGGAUCAGUACUAUCGUAAUCUCGCCGCUUAUGAGCAGGCCUGGCUCUCUACACACCAGAAACCAGGGGACCAGCCGCAACCGCAGCCGCAGAUGCAAAUGCCAAUGCAACCUCAGAAUGACAUGAUGUCUCCUGUCAAACCAAUGAACAGCCAUUUCGAUCCCCAGGUUCAAUCACAGCCGCCAGCACAGGGAUUCAUGCAGCCGUCGAUGCAGCAGCAGCCCCCUCAGGCUCUGAAUGGCUACUCAACACCAAGCAAGCCCAAGCUACAGCAACACUCUGGCCUGAGCCACGCAGAGUCUCUGUCCAUGUCCCCCAAUGGCCAGAGCAUAGCCUCUCCCUCCGUGAAAGAAGACGCCUUCGCUCCGCCAACUUACACCUUCAAACAACCCAUCCCGGCCGAGUACACACCCCUGACCUUCCCCGAGCCUGUUUUCCACGGUCCCGUCAUAGUCGACGAGCUGUUUCCCUUAGGUGAUGAUCUCCUCCGUCUCAAGCCUACCGUCCCUCGAUUCCAUGAGCUAGGCGUAAUCGAUAUUCAUGCCCUAACGAUGAGCCUCAAAUCUGGUCUCAUCUCCGAAACUCGUCUGGCUCUAGACACGUUAACCACCCUUUCCGCCGAACCAGCCAUCCAUCUUUCUCUCGAAAACUGUGACGAUCUACUACCGACGAUCCUCGAUACAGCAACAGAUCACCUCGAAUUGCUCGCGGAACACUCGCCGGAAGUAUCAGACGAGAUACAGCUGGCUUCGUACGAGGAACUGCUACGCGGAUGCCGUCAGGAAAUUGAAUCAUUACUUGAUGUUCCACCUUUCGGCAGUCUAGAACACUCUCUCGAUAGAGCAGUCGACCGUCUUAUCUGUAUUACCACCAUAUUGCGCAACUUCAGCUUCUCGGAGUCAAAUUUCCCUCUCCUCUCUGCCCCAAGCGUUGUUCGUUUCCUUGCUCUUGCCAUUCGAUAUAUGGGCACCAGGCAUCUUUUCCUUCGCACACAUCAAAAUACCCUAGACUUCAUGAAAGACGUUCUCAUCUUCCUCAGCAACCUCGCACAUGCCAUACAUAUACCAGGCAAGGACGAGGCCCUGGCACUGCUCAAUUUCCUUCUUUCAUUCGCACCCUCAAUUUCUGCGUCGACAUCAGACGACGAACCUCUUAUCUUUGCUCCUUACCAGCCCAGCAUCCACCGUUACUUGCCAGCAGCAGUCGACAGUUUAGCUAAGCUGUUAGCCCGUGAUGACCCCAACCGUACCCUCUACAAGUCCAUCUUCUCCGAUCCUUCUGUUAAUGCAUCCACGGCUGGCGCGCAUAUAUCAACAUACCUCCUAACACGCGCGUUUUCUCUUGCCAUCUCCAUAAUACCAGAGUACUCAAAGGGGAACGUUUUACAUAUAACGGAAGCCCGCAAGCCAUUCCUCAUGCAAGGCCUUCUAGCCGCAGAAGUACUGUCAUCUCUGGCCGAUGCUUCAUUUGCUCGCGCCUGGCUGGGUUCCCACGAUGGAUUCGCCAUCAGUCUCGUCCACCUUGCUGGCCUACUGAGUGCGGAGCGACCUCGUCAGUCUAUCCCUCAACAUCCCAAUGCUCUCGGUGCCAGGCAGGAUGAUGCACAGGGUUACUAUACCAUCGUCUCUCGUGCACUUGGCAUACUUAACAGACUUGGCUCAAAGGUACGAAAGGCAAAUAAAGGCAAACAGGGCGGUAUAGACGUGGGGUUCAACGUCCUGCCUAAGAAGGAGAACAUACUGGGCGCGUUGGUUUCAAGAGCCAUCGACCCAAGCACGCUCAAAUUACUGUGCGAGUACGAAGGGUUAUCGGGAUAA